UGGGGGUGAAUGGGAUGGAAGAAGAGUUCUUGUUUUGUAUAUCAGUUUCUGUCUUUUUAUGUAUUUUUGGUUCAAAAUCACGCGAACAAAGCGAAGAUCCUUUCCGUUACACCGCACAAAACUUUAGGGCGCCAAAGGGAGUAAAUUCGCCAGCGGGAUAGGGUUUUAGCGGCGAAAUGCUCGGCUGUUUGUAGAUAUAUAUUUAAAUAAUUGGUGAGUGUGUGUAAGUGUAUGAAGAUCGGGGUUUGACUGCUGGAGGAGUGUGUACAAGGCUCCACCCCCCACUCUGCCAGUUGGAUGGUGUUCAAGACGGCAGACGUUGGGAAGGCAGCUGUGUUGGGUUUUGGGAAGAAGAGAUCGAUGAUGGAACUGCAAAAUUUACAGGAAGCACUCAAAGUGGAAAUCCAGAUCCAUCAGAAACUCGUGAGCCAGAUGAAGCAAGAUCCACAGAAUGCAGAUCUGAAGCUGCAGCUCCGUGACCUGCAGGCCAAGAUCACAGCGCUGAGUGAGCGGCAGAAAAAGGUGGUGGAGCAGUUAAGGAGGGAUCUACUGGUGAAACAGGAAGAUAUGAAGCUGCAGACACUACAAGCCGAUGGGCAAACGUCUACCUUGCUCAUCACACAGACACAGACGCCUCUGCCCGCUGCCAGCCUCACUACUCCACAGAGCUCUGUGGCCCCUGUCAUUGCUUCAAAGACUCUACCUCUGGUGCUGAGAGCUGCCGCACCCACCUCACCUAUCAUCAUGACACCAGCACCUACUAUCACCGUGGUUACAACCCUUGGCAGCACACUCCUGGCAAGCCCUCCUAGCUCAGAUCCUCAAAAGUCCCCAGUAAACUUCCAACCGGUCAUCCAAACGACCAAUCAGGGUGCAGAGCCAGUGCGAGUCAUACCCAAUAGCACCGUUGUCGUGCAAGCUGCCUCCCAACCAAUCAAAGUUCCUCAGUUUGUCCCACCAACCAGACAGACAACACGGCCAGCCCCUCUACCGCAGGUCAGGCCAAAACCCCCAGCAUCUUUGUCUCCAGCUGCUGGUCAGGUUUCCGUGCACACCUUACAGUCACCGGUGUUACUGAGCACUGCCCUUCCUUCCUCUGGUCACGUCCAGCAGAUGCGAAUCCUCAAUGGCCUGCCCUGCCCCAACAGCUCUAACAGCACAAGCAUCCUGAUCUCCCCAUCUACACACACGCUGCCAUCAGCACAGACAUACACACAGCAAUUACCUCACAACAGCCCAAGCUCUGACAACACGAUACCCGCAGUGGAAUAUGGGACAGAGCCAAAGACUUCAUUGCUCAUCUCUCCAGACACGCCUACACAAACUUCACCUCCACUGUCUUUAGAUGCACCAUCUUCACCUGCCCCCACCAACACACACACUCCUUCCUCCAAACAUCAGGAGAGCCCUCUGAAACUGGCCUUCAUGUUGUCUUUGGGACUGGUCACGCGUGACUAUUUAGAAGAGAUACAAAGCAGGCGUCAGGAACGCAAGAGACGAACAACAGCAAAUCCAAUAUAUAGCGGAGCUAUGUUUGAACCAGAGCGGAAGAAGAGCUCAGUGUCGUAUCUGAGUUCCAUAAACCAGUCCAGCAGGAAGAGAGCCAAUGAGGACAGCUUGUCAGAGAUUCUGCAGAAGGAAGAUGCCAUUGAGUGGCCAGGGACUCUUGCUAUUGUCCAUUCCUACAUCUCCUAUAAAGCAGCUAAAGAGGGAGAGAAAGAUCGUCUGAAGAGAUGGAGCUCAGAGCUGCGGCAGGAGAGAGAGACGCUGGAGCACAGAAUCGGACAACUCAGCAACUCUAUAACAAGAUGUAUGGACAGCAAGAACAGCGUACUGGACCAGCAGAGAGAGAUGGAGGCUUCGCUUGAGAAAAUGAGAGGGCUGGUGCGUCUGAUCAGAGGGAUCCAGUUGUCUCCCUUCAUCUGCCCUGGAGCCAUGGCUAACGGAGAAACCUCCCACAACGGAGCUUCCAAACCCAGCAGCUCCAGUGCGGUCACCACAGACACAAACAACAACACAAAUGCCCCAACAAGCUCCUCGGAAGCUACGGUGAUAAUAAGCACCCUCACAAACACGAGCGACGGCUUAAAGCAGAUCGCCACAAAUAACAACCCAGAGACCGCCGGUGCGAAGAGCGAUGAGGAGAGCGCACAGAUCAACAGCCCAUCCAGGAUCAAGAGCGAACCCACAAAUGCAAACGCCGCAGCCUUCAGCAAUAACAGCAGCAACCAGGCGGUUCUCGGUACCAACGGAACCGUGUCUGCCGGGGAGGAGAAUACAAAAAAACACAAAAACAACAGUGACCUCAGCGUCAUCCCACAGGCCCUCCUCGGCUCAAUCGUGCCCCUUACAGAAGUGACAGAGGGGGUGAAAUAGCAUCGACUACCCGGAAGCGUGCCAGUUAACAGUGUUGUUGUUUCGUGUUGUCGUUUCAUCUCUUGUAUCUAUGAGGGAAAGAAAAUCCAUAGUGCCAUUUACUACAUGCAGGAAGGAGGUUCCUAAAGUACCAGCAAUGUGUAUGUUCACGCAUGCACACCGAAAAGAUUUCUACAAAGAAUAAUGAUAUAGAAAAGAGUAAUAAAAUUUAAAGAUAUCACACCAUUGUGUGCCUGAUACAGUUGCCAUAGCACCUCUGAGUGGGAAAGCUCCUGAAGGCUGGAUCGGGUGAAGGUCUCGUCCUGCUAGAUGAGUAGUGCAGCUUCCUAUCAGGUCCUGUAGCUCUGAUCUAAGACAUAAGAUAUGGCGUGUUGAGGAGUUCAGCGUCCGCUUUGUCUGUGAAACGCAACCGAGGUGCAGUUGUUUUUGUCCAGUUUUCAGUUGUGGCGUCUCCAGGACGGAGCUUGGAGCGCAAACACAGGUUCUUUAUCACACACUGACAGAAAUACAGGUCUUCCAGGCGUUCUUCUGGAGGUUUAACUCGUAUCAUUUGCAUUCGUCUAUUUUGUGGUGUUUUUAAAAAAAACCCGAAACAUUUCUGUAAAUAUGUUUUGCUAUUUUUUACACAUGACCUUAUUUAUAAUUUUCUUCUUUCUUACAAAAAUAUUCCGUAGUUCUGUUCUGCCAAAUAAUCGAUGCCACAGGGAACUCUUCUUUUACGUUACUCUGAACAUUAAAUAGAUAUUUAAGAGUAGUAGAGUAGUAUUUGUAGUGUCAGUCCUGAAGUGUCUGUGAGGUAAAUUCUGACCAUGCCUUAUCUACUGAACAGAUGUGAUUUACUGAGAGCGCGGUUCAGGCGCCGUCACAGAAGGGAAUGAUCUGAGAUGUCUGAAGCAUGGCUCUCGCUCCAUUUCCACAUCCAGAGGAUUUUGUUUUAUUUACCCAGACUGUAGCAGGGGUCUCAUGCCUUGUCCAACGACUUGGGAGGAAUCAUGCAGUCAGAAAUAUCCCACGAAACCGCUAUGCCAGUAAACGUUAUGCUUAUGGGCCAAUUUAAGGGCUUCUGUUCCGUAUCGUUUUAACACACUUUACUACACUGUUCACUGUAAACCCGUCCAAAAGCACAACGCGGUAGACGUUAUACGUGCCUAGCGCGACUACUUUGACCGGUGUCUCCUAGGAGCUCUUCUGUUAUCGCUUUAUUUAUCAUAUCGGAGCUCUCUGCACACAAACAAGCACAGACGAACACACCAGACCAGUUCUAACACCUGAGAUACAGCCGCGGUAGCUUUAACACUGUAUCAUGUGCCAAGACGACACUUCCAUAGUGUUUAAAAAAAAAAAAAAAAGAAAAAAUGGAGAGAAAAAAAAAAGCACAAGAAAUAAUCCAGAAACACGGUGGUGUCAAACACGCUUUUGAUAAAAGACAGAAAUAUCUACAGUGUUUAUAUCUUCAUUUCAGGUUCGUGAGUGUUUUCAAUGCUAAACAUGCAGCUCUGGCCUGCUGUAGCCUCUGUGUAUCGGUUGCCUUAAGUUCUAUAGACUAUGUUAGGCUGUUUCAUCGUAGUGUUAUGACUUGUCGGUGUCUUAGAGUCAGUUGUCAGCAAAAAGAGUGUGUAUUUUUCCCUUUUCGGAAACAGAACCUACUUUGUCAUCUAGUGUGUGAUCAUUCAGGUUGUGUUAGUGAGGACAGUGCCUGCGCUGCCUAUAGUGAAUCUGACCACUACACAUAAGAACUCUAAAGUGCUUACGUCUUCUAUCAAAACACGAAAUUAACCGCUGGUAUGUCCGUUCACCUUUUUAUGAAGCAGUUUAUGAAAAAUCUUUACUUUUUAGUUAAUGGAUUCCAUCCCAGUCCGAUGAUCUGGGUAUCCUGCCCCCUCAUAUCGCAUCUGCGCUUUCGAAGGUUUUCGGCAAUCACCGAAGUAUUCACACUUUUUGUCUGAUUGAAGCUAAUGAUACAAAAACGUUUAAUCACAAUUUGCGGGAAAAAAAACUAUUCCAAAGUGACAUGUAGAGAAGCUGCGUUCUGUUUGGUGGUUUAAAGGUAUGUCAGGUUUUCUAGUGUUUUAAAGAAAAAAAAAAAGGGAAGAAGAGAGCCCUUACAUAAACGCUCAUCAGAUGUGACAUUUGCAAAUGUCAUCUCUCGUCCUUUAGGGCCAAGAAUCCUGGGGCCAGAUGUGGUUAGUAGGACUGACAGUGCUUCUGUGACAGAUGUUCUCUGAUGAGAUAGAUGGGAAUCUACUGUGUCUCCUCAUUCAUGUUCCUUACACAUGAGAAUUGGGUAUUGUGUCCUGAAGUGUGUGAAAUCUGAUCUCCUCAGAUAUUAAUAGUGUUUACCGAGAGCUCAGGCUUUUGUUCAUGUUUUCGAGAUGCGCAUAGUAAUGCUUAUGAAGAUUCACAUCCUUACACCUCAUGCUGUUACCUCAUUCAGGUUGAUGAAACCCUCAAGUAAAAUCAAGGAUAGAUUAUUGCAACGUGAAAAUAUCAGUGCUUAAUCUGAUGUCCUUAACUAUAAAAUUAAGAAACCAAUUUACAUCGAUUUGUUGUAUAAAAAGUGUCUAGAUUCUUUCAUAAUAGUUUUUAAAAAGGGACGUGUAUUGCUCUUUUGUUUCAUUUUACUUUUUUUACAUUUUUGUAUGUUUUGUUUCUUAAUCUUGUGUGUUGCCUGAUGUCUGUUUACCUUUUCUCAUAGAAGUCCAUGUGUAAGUUAUUUGAAUAUAUAACUUCAUCGAUUCUUUCUGUUGAGGAGGCUGGAUAUUACUGGAGCAUUUGAUCAAUUUGUAUUUAUUUAUUUUUACCAUUUUUGCUAAAUAAAAUUGUAAAUUUAA